AUGCUCCGUCCUUCGUCGGUGAUGAUGCAACGAGCGCUGCGUAUCGGUAUGAUUCCUGCUGACGGAAUUGGCCGCGAGGUGCUCCCUGUAGCGCAGCGCGUGCUGGAGGCGACGCCUGGCUUGCCGAAGAUGGAGUUCGUGCCGCUGCAGGCCGGCUUUGAGCACUUCCAAAAGACGGGCGAGGCACUGCCGCAGCACACGAUCGACGUGCUGAAGAACGAGUGUGAUGCGGCCAUGUUCGGCUCUGUGUCGAGCCCAUCGCACAAGGUCGAGGGCUACUCGAGUCCGAUUGUGCGCCUCCGCAAGGAGCUGGGCCUGUACGCGAACAUCCGCCCUGUGACCGGCCCUGUGCUGCCGGGCGCCGCGUUCGACAAGCCGAUCGACAUGGUGACGAUCCGUGAGAACACCGAGUGCCUCUACAUCAAGUCGGAGACGCUGGAGGACACGCCGCAGGGCCAGGUGGCUCGCGCGAUCCGCCAGAUCACGGAGCACGCGUCGACGCGUAUCGGCCGCAAGGCGCUCGAGGUGGCGCGCACGCGCCAGGCCAUGCGCCAGGCCGCUGGCAGCUCGGCGCCGACCAAGGUGACCAUCUGCCACAAGUCCAACGUGCUGUCUGUGACGGACGGCCUGUUCCGUACGUCGGUGCGUGGCGUGUACGACGCCGACCGUGUCGAGAACGGCGGCCCGGGCCGCUACGAAGGUGUUGCACUCGAUGAGCAGCUCGUUGACAGCAUGGUGUACCGCAUGUUCCGUGAGCCCCACGUCUUUGAUGUGAUUGUCGCGCCGAACCUGUACGGCGACAUUAUCAGCGACGGUGCCGCUGCGCUCGUCGGCUCGCUCGGCCUCGUGGCGAGUGUGAAUGCGGGCGACACGUUCAUCAUGGGCGAGCCUGUGCACGGCUCGGCGCCGGAUAUUUGCGGGCAGAAUAAGGCCAACCCCAUUGCCGCCGUGCGUUCGGCUGCGCUCAUGCUCGAGUACAUGGGCUACACGGAGCCUGCGCUGCGCGUCUACCGCGCCGUCGACGCGGUGCUGAGCGAGGGCAGCACACUCACGCCCGACCUUCCGGGUGGCUCGGCGACCACGUCGGACGUCGAGGCUGCCAUUCUGCGUGCGCUUCCGUAG